AUGCAUGCCACAAGGAUCAAAUUCCGAUCCCCGCCGUCCUCGCCCUCAAAAUGGCUGAGCCACAACGGUGACCACCUGCCACUGGCGCCAGUCGUUGUGGUGCUUGAGACGAAGGGCUUGGGCAGCAUUCUGAACUCUUUGGAGUGCGCUUUUCGCCAGCAGCGUGGCGCCCAUGUGGAGACGCUGCGUCAGGGCCAGGAGUUCCAAUGGUCGUCCUGGACUCCACAACAGGCUCUGGAUGAGAACCACCGGAUGCUGAGUGAGAAAGAGCUGGAGUGGCAUCGCGAGCGCGCUGCUGAAGCAAAUCUCCCAAAGCCACCACCCCCACCCCAGAACCUGUCGACGCCCUUGAUCGACCCGUACGCCUCGCCAGAGGUCUAUGCUGCCCACGCCAGCCAGCACAAGAUGAUAGCAGGAGAGGCCUUCUCUGGUCUUCUUUUGACAGGCCCCAGCGGGUUGAGCCAGAUGCCCGCCUCCAUCGUGCAGCCGUGGCCCCAGCAUUUCUACCGUGCACAGCCCUUUGGGCUUCUGAGCAUGUUGCAAGUCUUCUCUGCACAGCAACUCAAGUCUACUUGGCAUUGGCUGGAAGCUGCAUUCAGGUGUCAUGGUCUCUUGACUGAGGUCAUGUUGCAGAGUUCUAGCCUACUUGAUGGCUUCACAAACAGCACCGUCAUUGUCCUCAUGUUCACCAGAGUCGGUAUGAUUACAAUGAUCGCGAAAGCACCCUGGGUUAUCGUUCUCAGCUCGAGACUAUUGAAAAGCAUCGUUCUGCGACGACAAAUUAGGUCUGCAGAGGACACCUUGGUCCCCAAGCUGGCACCGACGCCAGCGGCUCCAACGAUCGCGUGCGAGAGGCAGGCAGAUUUACAGCUGCUCUACAACCACCACAGCAAGCCGGAGUACCGCGAGCUCAUGGGUCGCAAAGCAGCAUGGGAAAGCGACUAUGGAUGGUCGCGAUCCUCGCAGCAAGCCUCGUGGCAUGGCAAAGGUGGCGGCAAGGAACGGCAGCGGUGGCCCAAGGAGCCCAAGGAGCAGCACGAGAACAAGUUUCCCUCCUACGACGGACAACCAGCCCGGCAAGGGCCACAGACGAGUGGCGGAGCGACCCAGGAGGCCAAUGGGCGCGAGGGCCAGAGCCAGAAUGGAGGAGAAAGCGGCGACCUUGUUCGCUACAUCCAGAAGCUGGCCAACACGGUCAGGAGGGCGGAUGCCAGAAUCCGCAAAAGCGACAAGGACAGAGAGGACGCCGAGCAGCAGUGGCAACAGUACCAGGAGGAUCUCAAGAAAUCGUUCCUCAAGGAGCGCACCCGACACUUCGAGAAGUUGGGAAAGCUGCGAACCGAAACACAAGAACAGCAGGUGGCGAAGGAGCAGGCCAUUGUCGAGAUGAAGGAGAUCCUUGCCCACCCAGAAGAACUACCGGAGCUUGGCCGCACGGACCACCCAGUGGAAGCCCUGGAGGAGUGGGAGCAUCUGACGCGCGUCCCGGACGACCCGAUGUCAGAGUUUGCUGGGCUGCUGACUGCAGCGGCUGCCAAUGGUGGCAAGCUUCGCAAAGGCGCCAGAAAGCAAAUGCUGGACUUCCUGUCCGCGCAAGAAGACAGAGAGGCCCACAACACUCCCCCGCGCAGGACGAGAACCACAGAGCCGAUGACCCCUGCAGCGGACAAGGCCGACACCGACAGACGCACCACGGCGCUCAAGCCGACCUAUGUCAGCGAGGAGAUCGACGCCAAGAACGACCCGUACUUGAACUCCCCGGGAAUGACAGGGAUGAUGCCUGGUGCGGCCAGAGAGCCCAAGGAUGUCAGACGACCCAGCCAGCCACGGAUGUCAAUCAAAUGCGCUGGUCGGACCCCCAACACGGUGCGCCCCACAGGGCCAGCCCUGGGCGAGAAGUUGGAUGCAAAGCGUGGGCUGGCAGAGGAGGUACUCCGCAGCUCCGACGAGGAGGACAUGGUUGGUGGUCUGGGGAAGACUGCACCGGAGGGCGAUGAAAACAUACCGCCAAGGGAUUUCAAGAAGGAUACGAACAAAGAUAUGGAUGCAGUGAACCUGCUCCAGCGGGCCUGCGAGACAUGGGAUGUCCUGGGCUACAUCGAGACAUGGCAACAGCUGCUCUACCUCAAGAGAUGGAGUUGGCUGUUUGAAGCGGGCAGAGCUGCAAUGGGGCUGUGCCUUACCCUCUCCAUGAUCGUUUUCCUGGAGCUAUGUGCAUGCCUGCGAAAAGCAGCCGGAACAAGAACAGGCAAGACCUGUAUUUAUGGGGUCCGCAGCGGGCGGAGACAGACAGCACAUAUCCUGCUCAUGUUUGCGGUCGUGGCACCUGAGGUCGCAGGUGUACCGGAUACCAAUGGGGCAGACCAGUGGCGGCGCCCACGCGAGGCAAUGGACAGAGAGAUCUGGGAGCGCCCGCUGGGCCAUUUCGAGCGGGAAGCAACACCUCCGGAGUAUGCGGUUCCGGUCCCGGAGACGGUGCAAGAGCCGCCACAGGCAGCCACUGACAGGGCGAUCCAUAUAUCCAUCUGGGUUGCAACGCCGCACUACUCGACUCAGACUCAGGAUGUGGCCAUGGAGUUUCCAGUUACGAUGGAACGACUGGAAAGCAUUAUCACAUGGGGUGCCACAAUCGCCCCGGACCACUUCACCCAGAUCGUGGCCACGUACCCACAAUUGCAUGAGGACUAUGCAAGCUUCAUUGCAUGCCCGCCUUGGUUGGCAAGUUUGAACCGGUACUGUAUGGUACUGGACUGCCAAGCAAUCGGAGGCAGUGCGUUUGCAAUCUAUCAUGAAGGCCCCUUGACCAAGAACAACAUCCUCGCGCAGGUGCCGGCGACGGAUGUCUCGGGGCUUGAGGUUUUCCUAUUCGGCCAGCUGAAUCCCAUGAGUCAUUUGGAGCGGAGGCAGCCAAUGAUGGGAGGACUCAUCAAGGUCCUAUAUCGCGGGGAAGUCUGCGAUUGGGCCUCCGAUAUUGGACCAAGACUGAUGAACCCGGCGCUUUGGCGGCCUGAAACAGACCACCCGCCGCCAGUCCGGGGACAAUACACUGUCUAUCAAGGAGUUGAUGACCAGGUGGUGUGCGAGAUCGAAGUGCCUGACCCGGGAUACCACGAGGUGAGAGGAGCCGACGAACUCGACAUUGAGGAGGUUUGUUGGUCGUUGAUCCCGGGGGAGCCGCCGGAACACCUCUCCCAUGGUGGCCAGAUUAUCAGCGCGCCCAUAGCCAUCCUCCCGCACAGCCAGUUCGACCAUGAGACGACCUAUGUUGUUUUCUUGGAUUUGCGACCACUGACGUAUUUUCCCCAGUGGAUGGCUUUCCAGACGGCGGAGAUGAACCCCCAAGCCUACUUGGAAGGGAUACAGUUUCCUGUCAUCGAAGGAUGGGAAGUUGUGGUUACGGGUGGUGAGCCCAAUGUCGGAGGCCCGACAAUCCGGAUCCGACACGGCGAGGUCAUCACAUUUCACCUGCAGCCCAUAGAGGACCAAGAUGCAACUGAGUCCAUGGAUGAGGAUGGCUCUGACCAAUCAAGUGACUCGAGCACGGACCCGGAUGAUCAUAUCCCUGGGUCGAGCGAAUUCUCGAGCCCCUCUGAACCCCCUGGAGGAGACAAUCGACCUAGAGGCCCCCCUCCAUCGCAGCCAGUCAACAGAAGCCGAUCACCACGGCGACGAACCACGGACCAUGAAGGAGGUACGGCCAGCCGAAGUGAUCUGAGGUUGGCACAGCACCUCCCGGCCCCGACGUUUGACCUCACCCGAGAACGCCUCCAGCUGCCGCAUUCUUUCUCUACGCUGUGGCCUAUGUUUUGUCCGUGGCCUCUGCACUGGCUGCACUAUGACUUUACGCAUUGCCAGAAGCACCCAGCCGCACAACAAGCCCUACAAGAUACGGUUGAUCUGGGGGAGUGGCGAGAAAUGAUGCGGCAGGGACAAGCUGACCAGGCCGAGUUUCAGCUGUACACCGAUGGAUCAGCCAGCAGGACGAGAACUGCUGGAGGAUAUGGUGUCGUCAUCUUGCUGAAGAUCGGUGCAAUGGUAGCCCUCCUGGGAGCAGUUGGCGGACAAUUUGCGGCAGAUGGGAUCUGGCCAGUCUCACAGGCUGUUGCCCUUGAUGCUGAACAAGCCGCGAUUGCGGUCGCAAUACUUUGGGCGGUGCAGAUGCGUUCCCUAUUGCCCCAGGUCACGUGCACCAUUUGUUUCGAUUGCAUGGCAGCGGGAUAUGGAGCAUCGGGCCGUUGGUCUACGGCGAACGAGCUGGGUGACAGAAUUAGAAGCCUUGAAAUCAUGGCCAGCGAGAUGAACGGAGUUGACAUUGCAUAUCAGCAUGUCAAAGGCCAUGCUGGCAACGGCUGGAACGAACUUGCUGAUUGUGUGGCAAGAAGCAUGGCGGAAGGCAAGGGCUGUGUACAUGAGCCGCCGGAGAAUGUCAUCCGGGCCUUCCUGAACUCGGACCUCACAUGGGUGGGUUUCGAGAUAAGAGCCUUGGCCACCAAUGCGGCUAUCCUGGAACAGGGACACCUGGUGUGGAACGAUGAGUCUUUCACGCCCUAUCGACUCCCUGCAGAGAAGCUUAUCCCACUGAGUGACGGAGCGCAGGACAAAGGCGUGGCCCCUGCCAAUUUCCAGGUCAAGGCCUGCACGGUCAAUGUGCAAGGGGUUUCUGGGCAGUUCCGAUACUUUGAGGAACAGCUUGAGUAUAUGGGAGUGCAGAUUGCUUUCCUCCAGGAGACUAAGGCUGGCGGUGGACAAUGCAUGAGCCAAAGGUACUACCGGAUGGCAAGUGCAUCGCAGCGCCACUGGGGAGUGGCCAUCUGGAUGCACCGAAGUUUGGGACUGGCGACAUUACAAGGACGACCAGUCGUGCCCCAGGAGGAGAAUGUCACCAUCCUACAUGAGGGGCCGAGACUUUUGGCGGUGACAGUCAAGGUCGCGGAAGCCAAGAUUGGCCUUGUUGCGGCACAUUGCCCACAGGGAGGCAACCGCAAAGAACGGGAUGAUUUCAUCAGUGAACUUGAUGGAAUCUUCACCAGGCUAAAGAAUGUGCAGCUCCUCCUUUGCGGCGUUGACUUAAAUGGACGCAUGCCCCUGGGCCAUGAUCAGGUCACUGGUGACCUGGCAUUCGAUGAGCCUGAUGCGACCGGACGACAAUGUGCCGAGGCCUUGGCUGCCAGUGGCCUGUGGGCGCCGUCUACUUUCGCCACGAUCCAUGUUGGAGAUUCAUGCACCUACUGCCACCCUUCCGGCAGUGAGAGCAGAAUCGACUACCUUUUCGUUGGUGGACGGGCCCGCAUCGACAUGACAAGGAGCGAGGUCAGGACAGAGUUUGACAAUGGGAGCCCCAAUGAGGACCACAGGCUCGUGCAGGUGAUUUUACCUGGUGAAUUCUUUGCUGGAAGAAACCGCGGUAAGCUUUGGCGGCCACAGUUUGACAAGACGAAGAUGGCCACUGAGGAGGGCCGCAAGCUACUACAACAGGCUUGUGAGGACUUCCAGCAACCACCAUGGCACACGCAUCCUGACCUACAUUGCCAGAUGGUACAGGACCACCUGGUACAAUGCCUACAGCAGCACUUCAAGGCGGACGACAAGCACGGCCGGGCCUCCUAUAUCCCACAGCUUGUGUGGGACCUGCGAGACCAAAAGAAUGCCCUCAAGCAAAGAACGAGGGAGCGCAGGUCUUUGUGGGCCAGAUUGAGAAGGGCUGCCUUUGACCGAUGGGCCAGGGGCAACCAACCAAGUUUCGGCCAGGAGGUAGCGAAGCGAGGCCUACUCUACGAGCUCGUGGCUGGGGCAGUUACUUGUGCAACGGCGAGGAUCAAGAAGAUGAUCGCUGAAGCCAAGAAUGAUUUCUUGCACCGGAUAGCCACGGAGGGCCAGCAAACGGUCACGGCGGUCCUACAACGAGCCCGCAAGGAACAGGGCGAAAUUGUCAGGACUGAGGAGUUCCUGGCAGAAGCUUCCCAAUGGACCCCACCGGGUAUGGCAGAGUGGAACUGGCAGGCCCUUCCGAAUGCUUUGGAGAUUGAAAAGGCUAUGCGGACCAAGGUCAACGUGGAAGUCCAACAGUUCCUGCAUCCACUUCACUGUGGCUCCAAGAAGCAUACGCCCAUACUCUUCCCGUCCCUUUUCAUCAUUGAACACCUCCGGCGGUGCCAACAACGAGGAAAAAGUAUGGCAAUCUUAUUCGUUGAUUGCAGGGCUGCCUAUUACAGGGUGGUCAGAGAGUUGGCGUUGGGAGAUAUCAGGUGCGACGGAACGAUCGAGAAGCUCUUCAAGGCUUUUGACCUGGACGGAGACGACAUCGCUGAACUACUUCAACUUAUUGUUGAUGGAGGUAUUUUCCCGGCAGCUAGCAUCCCUGAGCAAGUGACAGCGGCGGUUCGGGACUUCCACAACAAUACUUGGAGUACCACAAGGUUCACGGAUGGUCAAUGGGUUUGCACGUCCGCUGCAGGCUCCCGACCAGGUGCCUCGUGGGCGGACACUAUUUUUGCGUUUGUGUAUGCAAAGAUACUCUACCGGGUGCAUGAGAUCAUGGAAGGUGAGGGCAUUAACUUCCAAGUUGCAUGGAACCCGACUGAAGGGCCCUUUGCUCGACACCCGGACCAAGAUCCACAGCAGGCGUGGGACACAACAUGGGCUGACGAUACUGCCUGGGCGAUAGAAGGAGACAGUGCGGAGCAGCUCCUGGAACGGACGGCUCGAGUUUCCUCUGUGGUCGUCUCACAGUUCCGGUCACAUGGACUGUCCCCCAACCUGAAGAGGGAGAAGACCAGCAUUAUUCUCCGAUUGGUUGGUAAAGGAGCGACCCAGGCAAGACGUACGUUCUUCACCAAUGGGAAGCCGGAGAUGUUCCUCCCUGACCUCAAGGAGAGUAUACCCAUUGUCCAGCGCUACAAACACCUUGGCGCGAUGGUCGACCCCAUGGCAAGACUUGCUCAUGAAGCCAGGUACCGAACAGCCCUGGCCAGUGCGGCGUAUGACGCGGCCAAAGACCUGCUACUCCAAAACCAGGACUUGCGGAUGUCUACGAGAACAGCUGUUUUCAACACGGCGGUUGUGACAACGUAUUUCAACCUGGCUAUUUGGAUUGUGGGAACCAAGGAGUGGAGGAUGAUGAGUGAUGCCUACUCCAGGCUUGUGCGUCGCCUACUGGCCAAGGACAUAAAGGCCCCGGAGCUUUACAAGGUUCCAACCCCGCUGGCACACUGGGCUACAGGAUGUUGGCCUCUGGAGAUGCAUGCAAGGAGGAGUCGCAUUUCUGCGCUCAUAUCCCUGGCCACAGCAGGACCACCUGUCCUGUGGGCAAUCCUGCAGAACGAGGCACAAUGGAUGCGGCAGCUACGACAGGACCUAGAGUGGCUGGUGCAUGGUGAAGAAGAGCAAUGGCCACUACUGGACGCGGCUGCUUGGCCCCAUUGGCACCAUGUCCUCACAACCAGCCCGGCGAGAGUCAAACGGCGGGCGAAGCGCCGCAACCGACAGGACUUUGAAGCCUACAAGGAAGAGGAGGCCGUGCUCGUCUGCCAAUGGUUUCUCUACAGGACGAUUGCCGGGGCGAGAGGAGGAAACAAGAAAGACCAAAGCUGGGACCACCUCCGGUUUUCUGGACAGUCCGUCAAGGCCCUUCUGCACAAAGGAAAAGGUGCUGCUGAGGUUGUCCCAGGCUACGGCAGCCGGGGGAGACGGCAGAGAGAGCUGGACACCUACACCCCGGCAGCGCCCCGCCAAGAUCAGCGGAGCUCACCGUCACCUACGGUGAAAGAAUGGAACAGCUGGACAAAGCAGCUCCAUGAGGCGGUCUGUGAGAUUGUUCAUGCAACACCUCCAGAUGACGCAGAUGCUCUAAAGCCGCUCUAUGAGUCUGAAAUCCAGGAUGCCCUGCAGUCUGCUGCCAGCGAGGCGGCACUUCUGCAAGCAGAUCCAGAUAUAAAACUAUGGAGCGAGAAACAGUUUUCGAAUAUUGUGGCGGCUCUACAAAAGGGAGUGGCCGGUAGCAAUGACAUCUCAGACACUGCAACGCAGGAGGGGAACGAUGUCUACGCGAGGAGCUCCUUCAAAGGGGUCCUGGAAAGUUUCGAUUGGAAAAGUGCGGUUGAAACCUACCAGAGCGAGCACGGGACCCAGGGUGACUCACUACAUGAAUUGCCGGAGACUUGGGAAGCUGCAUGGAUCUCAGGCAGAGGUGAGCUACUGUGGUCAAAGACCCUUUAUCGCUUUUGCCAAGACAACUGA